UGAACUGCGAGACUCUAGGCGCACCCGGGUCCGGUCGGUGACAAAUACCUUUUUCUCGUCAACGGUCGGCAAGUUAACGGCACUUAAAUGUCGUAACAGACAUUUUAUUCUGAAUAUUUCUUUAAAGUCUUUUUUUCCUCGGUACGUGCGACACAUGGCUUCGUUUUAACUAAAACGUCCGAGCUGUGGAGGUAUUUUAACGGACGGGGAAGCCGCUGACAGCUCAGGAUCUGAGCACCACGUCUCGUUUUUACCGGCUUCUAGCUAUAACGUAACAAAUACGGUUUUAACGCGAGCUAACGUUACGGGAGAGUGUGUGCUCGUCUGUUAAGUUGAAUUACCGAGAGGAAGCUCGUUAAUCUGAAGUUUACUCGAGGAUAAAGUCGUGUUUGAAUUUUAACCGGCUGAAAUAACGUAGUGGCCUCUCUCGGCUCUGUGACGUAGCUACUAACCGGUGUGGGGCCGAAACGCCGAACCGGGACCCUCAUGAUGCACCAACAGGGCUCGUUGAUGCGCCCCCUUCUCGGUGAUGUUUUCUGCCAGUGCUGUUCAGCAGAGACCCACCCCGGCGUGGACCCGGGAGGCGGCGGCGGAGGGGGGAGGCACGCCACCGGGGACCCCGUCGACCCCGGUCAGUCUGAGCACUCCUGUGACAUCUGCGGUGGACCUGAGCAGGAGCACCGGCUCAAGGUGCUGUUCCAGGUCCUAGAUGUGAACGGGGACGGAGGCAUUUGUGUGAACGACCUGACGAUCGGACUGAAGAAGUUAGGAGUCCAUCGCACUGAACAUGAGCUCAUGAAAAUCGUGAAAGCCGGAGACAAAGACCUGGACGGACAGCUGGACUUUGAGGAGUUUGUUCAUUAUCUCAGAGACCACGAGAAGAAACUGCGGCUGGUCUUUAAGAGUCUGGACAAAAAGAAUGAUGGUCGGAUUGACUCGCAGGAAAUCAUGCAGUCUCUGCGUGACCUGGGCGUGAACAUCUCAGAGGAGCAGGCAGACAAGAUCCUCAGAAGAAUAAGGAGGGGUCAUAUCUGGGCCCCUAUCCUGUAUAUGGAUAAAAAUGGCACGAUGACGAUCGACUGGAACGAGUGGAGGGAUUAUCACCUUCUGCAUCCAGCAGACAACAUUCCUGAGAUCAUCCUGCACUGGAGACAUGCCACGAUUUUAGAUGUUGGGGAGAGUUUGUUGGUGCCGGAUGAGUUCACAGCAGAGGAGAAGAAAACAGGAAUGUGGUGGCGACACCUGGUGGCCGGAGGAGGAGCUGGCGCUGUAUCUCGAACCUGCACGGCUCCUCUGGACAGACUCAAAGUGAUGAUGCAGGUUCACGCCUCCAAGAGCAACAGCAUGAGAAUCACUGGAGGGUUCAUGCAGAUGAUCAGAGAGGGCGGAGUGAGGUCGCUGUGGCGAGGAAACGGCAUCAAUGUCAUCAAAAUCGCUCCAGAGUCUGCGAUCAAGUUCAUGGCAUAUGAACAGAUUAAACGAUUAAUCGGCAGUAACCAGGAGACAUUGGGCAUCGCGGAGAGGCUGGUGGCCGGCUCUCUGGCCGGAGUGAUCGCUCAAAGCAGCAUCUACCCCAUGGAGGUCUUGAAGACACGGCUGGCCCUGAGGAGGACGGGUCAGUACUCGGGCAUCGUGGAUUGUGCCAAACACAUCUUCAAGAAGGAGGGCGCGGCCGCUUUCUACAAAGGCUACGUUCCCAAUAUGCUGGGCAUCAUCCCGUACGCCGGCAUCGACCUCGCCAUCUAUGAGACUCUGAAGAACGCUUGGCUGCAGCGAUUCGCCACAGACAGCGCUGAUCCCGGUGUGUUCGUGCUCUUGGCGUGUGGUACAACUUCGAGCACGUGUGGACAGCUGUCCAGCUACCCGCUUGCCCUCGUCAGGACACGAAUGCAGGCUCAAGCGACCCUUGAAGGCGGCCCUCAGAUGAGCAUGACAGGCCUCUUCAAACACAUAGUCAGGACCGAGGGGCUGACGGGACUCUACCGAGGCCUCGCACCAAACUUCAUGAAGGUUAUUCCCUCCGUCAGCAUCAGCUACGUCGUCUACGAGCACCUCAAGAUCACUCUGGGGGUCCAGUCCAAGUGAGGCCAUCAACGCUCCAAAGGUGUUUUUCUGUUAUUGUGAAGAAACGUGUAGAAACGUGCAGCUGACAUUCAACAUAUUUAAAUCAAACUCUUUUUUCUCUUUUUUUUGUUAAAAGGACAAAUGUGAACGAAUAGGAGUUUCAACUUGAAGCAUAGAGGCUCAUAAGAGAGAGAGGAAAGUGAAGCUUGAUCCCUGAAGUCUAGCAGCGCUUAUGAGCCUGUUAGUGCAUGUUCAGGGAGACACAAGUUUACAUUGAGUGCAUGAAAGCUGGUUACUGGUGGACCAGUAGGAUUAACCUUCUUGUUUAGGACACUACAGACCGGAUCAGCUAGUCUCUGCAAAGAAAAAUCUUUGUGUUGAAGGGCUUUGCUGCAGCAUAUCAUGAAGCAUUUCCAAACAGACUGGAAAAUUUGCGCACGUCUGCUCAUCAGAAACACACUAAGUACCUGAACUCCCUUUUUGUAUGUUCGAUGCUCAUCAUGUUGACCUGGACAGAUUCUACAGCUAAGUCCUGCGUAACAAGAAGGUCAAACAAGACUCCAGUGGAUCAUGACAUUUGUUUAAUAUAUAUUCAGUUGCAGCUGAAGCUCUAAUAUGUCCACAAACUUUACAAGGAUUAAGAAGCAGUCGUCCGUUACAACAUUUCAGUAAAGGUGCACAAAGGUUUUUGCAUCAUCCAAAAAGUAUUAAACUUCAGACCACCUGCAGACUUCUUGAUGACAAGACAAAAAAGAAUCAAUGAAAACUAAACCAUCAAAUAUAUCACCCUACAAUAUUUCA